AUGAACCCUAUAGAGAACGUUUGGGGCAAUAUUGUGAACGUAUGGGAGCCAGCUGAAGAGAGAACCAGGGUGCAGCUACAGCAGCAUACACACCGUGAGUGGGAGGUCCUGAGGCGGACACCGCAGCUGAUACACAAUCACGUCGCCUCCGUUCCCAACAGGCUGCGGGCUGUUCAUCUAGAAGUCUUGGCCUCAUUAGACGCAGAUGCCUUCCUCAACGCAAUAACAAGGUUCUCACGACGCAGAGGUACACCAGAGCGUAUUAGGUCGGAUAAUGGGACAAACAUGGUACGGGCAGCCAAAGAGCUCAAAUUGGCAGUGAAAAGUUGGGAACAAGAUGACAGACUCAGAGGUGCCUUACUGAAAGCAGAUAUUGACUGGGUCUUCAAUCCACCAGCUGCCCCAUACAUGGGGGGAGUAUGGGAAAGGCAGAUUCGCACAGUGAAGAAGGUUCUGCAGGCGAUUGUGGGCUCACAAGUUUUAGACGAUGAACGUCUGCAAACACUGUUCUGUGAAGUGGAAGCCAUAGUUAACGAGAGGCCAAUCACCCCAGUUCCAAACACGCCAAAUGAACCAAAGGCUCUCACUCCUGCUGAUCUUUUGCACUUAAGUCAAAAGGGUAAUCUUCCCUUAGGUGGAAGAUCACGGCGCAACUUUCGCCCUGGUGACCUAAUCAUUAUAGCAGAAGCAAAUAGUCCACGCAACAAAUGGCACCUUGGUCGAGUGAUGGAAAUCAAGGCUGGCGAGAAUGGACUUGUCCGACAGGCAGUGGUUAAGACGUCGACGUCCACAAUGCUGCGACCUGUGACAAAAUUAUGCUCGUUGGAGGGAGCAAUGGAAAGGGUUGACGGAGUCGGCCAGGAGAAUGAAUUGGGUAUCCACACAUGA